AUGGCAGACAAUGCAGAUGAAAAAGGAAGUGGUGAUGUAGAGCCGGAAGAAAAAAAUGAAGCACCGGAACCACCACCAGAGCCUAAAGUACCUGAUGUUGAACUGAUCGUCGACGGUUUCGGAUUUAUGCCUAAAACAAUAAUUACUGGCAAAAGCCGAACAUCAAAAGGUUUCGGUAAAUCGUCAAAGAAUUUAAAAAAGGAUUCUGAAACCCUUAACACAGAACACAGUAGCCCUUGUGCCUCGAGCACCAAUAUUGAUAUUGUCCGAAGGUAUACUUGGAAAACGAAAAAUAGGAUGACCGUACAGGUUAUAACAUACGGUGCCACCAUUACAUCAAUUCAAGUACCAGAUAGAAAGGGUAUUCCCGAUGACGUGAUCGCUGGUUUUGAUACUUUAGAGGAAUAUCUUCAACCAAGAAAUCCUUACUUCGGCUCGACUAUCGGUCGUUACGCCAACUACAUCAAAGAUGCGACGAUGUCAGUCAAACCAUCUGGUAGAAUGUAUAUGUUAACAUCAAACAAGGGUCAUCACCAUUAUCAUGGUGGAUAUGUUGGCUUUGAUAAGAUUAACUGGCGUUCAUAUGUCACCGGGAAUAAGGUUAUAAUGACCCAUGUAUCUGAAAGAUUCCAUGAGGGAUAUCCUGGAACAGUGAUGGCUCAGGCCAUCUUCGAGGUCACCUGCGACAACUGCCUCAAGAUUGAAAUGCGUUGCACUACAAGUGAACCUACCAUUGUCAACAUAAGCAACAUGCCAUAUUUCAAUCUAGCUGGACACCACGCUGGAAACGAAACAAUGUAUGAUCAUAUAUUCACAAUUAACGCUGAUAAGUACACUGCUGUAGAUGACGAUGGUCUUGUCACAGGUGAGAAAAAGGUUGUGGGCGGUACACCAUACGAUUUUAGGAUACCGCGUGUCCUUCGAACCAUGAUACCAAGAAUACCAUUGGGAGGAUAUGACAUAAAUUUCUGCAUCACACAGGGCAUUGAGCAGGAUCUAACGUUCCAAGCUAGGUAAAUAAUAAUAAAAAAUAAUUUUACAUAAAUAGUUUGCGGGUAAUAGAAUAAUUUUACAUCGCACAUUUAAAUAAAUUACAGAGCUCUACACCCGUUGACGGGUCGCGUGAUGGAGGUGUACAGCAAUCAACCUGGUAUGCAGUUCUACACUGGCAACUUGCUGCCAGAUCCUGAUAAGAUUAUAGAGACGCCCGGAGAGGAAAGCGAAGAAGGUGAAAAUGAAGAAGGCGAGGGCGAGAGUGAGAGCAGCGAGUCAGUGAGUGAGAAGUCGAGUUCGCACGGGGAGGAGGCGCUAGAGGAAGGAAGCGAGGUGAGGAGAGGAUAUACACCUAAAAAACAAUAUUAGACAUACAUCUCCUAUAUACUUUUCCUGUCAUGGCUAUCUCUAGCAACAUACAUUGUGUUGUGUUGAUGUCAC